GCUGCUAUGUCUGCAGGGCUACAGAUUCUCGGUACAGCACUGGGAGUGCUCGGGUGGCUGGGCACUAUCGUCGCCUGUGCGCUCCCAGUAUGGCGCGUGACCGCUUUUGUUGGCAGCAACAUUGUGACUGCGCAGGUAGUCUGGGAGGGCCUGUGGAUGAGCUGUGUGGUUCAGAGCACUGGCCAAAUGCAGUGCAAGGUUUUCGACUCCAUGUUGGCCCUACCUUCAGACCUACAGGCAUCUCGGGCUAUCCUCGUCAUCGCCCUGCUGGUCGCGUUGAUUGCCAUAUUUGCUAGCAGCGCGGGGGGCGAGUGCACAAAUUGCCUGGACUCGGGCUCUGCCAAAUCCAGAGUGGCUACAGCAGCUGGGGUCUUCUUCGUCGUCGCAGGGGUUCUGAGUCUUGUGCCACCCAGCUGGACGGCCAACGUGGUGAUCGGGGACUUCUACAACCCAUUGGUGGCCCAGGGGCAGAAGAGGGAGCUGGGUGCGUCUAUUUUUAUCUGCUGGGGUUCAGCCGUCCUCAUGCUGAUCGGCGGAGGGCUGCUGUGUACCUCUUGGCACAGAGGUGGGGAAAAACGAGCAGGCCAUUAUAAACCAGCAUCUCAAACCAGUAGAGAGCGCUCUGCUUAUGUCUAA